AUUUAAUAGGCAAUUGGGUAUAUGGGCUAGAGCUCAGAUAUGUAGGGGAAAAAUAGCCAAUAGAUGAUAGUUGAAUCCAGGGUUGUGCCCAUAGAGCAUGCAGAAAGAGUCCUGUGGAACUGUGCUUUGGAGGAACACAGAUAUUCAGAAGCAGGUGAAACAUGUUUGAGAAGAAGACUGGCAAAGAGGAAUCUGGAAACAGUUCUCCAAGAAAAAAACCCAUUAGUUUGGAACGGGAGGAUUUCUUUGCAUCAGAUAAUAAGAUGAAAGAAUCAGCAACAGAUGGUGAAUGUGACAAGGCAGUGGCACCACAACUGAAGAGGCUAGAUGAAAUUAAGGCAGAACCCGACAAUACUCAGGAGUAUUGUCAAGCCCAACAGCCCAAAACUCAGGAGAAUGACCUGAAAAUAAACACUACGUUUUCAGACAGUGCUUCUCAGGUGACUACAGGCAUUCCACUUUCUCUAGCAUCACCUGGCAUGAAUAAGAUGCUUCCUUCACUUUCAACCACAGCUAUUCAGGUUUCCUGUUCUGGCUGUAAAAAAAUUCUUCAAAAGGGGCAAACUGCUUAUCAGAGGAAAGGGUCUACUCAGCUUUUCUGCUCCACACCGUGCAUCACUGAAUACAUUUCAUCUCUCAAUGCACCAGCUUUUCCAAAGAGAACUUGUUCAAACUGCUCAAAAGACAUUUUAAAUGUAAAGGAUGUGAUCAGUAUCCAGCUGGAAGAUACUACCACUAGCAAAACUUUUUGCAGCCAAUCUUGUCUUUCAUCAUAUGAAGAAAAAAGAAAACCAUGUGUUACCAUAUGUACUAAUAACAUUUCAACCAAGUGCAGCAUGUGUCAGAAGACUACUGUUAUUCAGUAUGAAGUAAAAUACCAGAACGUGAAACAUAGUCUUUGCAGUAAUGCCUGUUUUUCAAAAUUUCACUCUGCUAACAACUUCAUCAUGAACUGUUGUGAGAACUGUGGAGCUUACUGUUCCACUAGCUCUAGUCUGUUCCAUAUACUUCAAAUGGAAGGACAGUCUCAUUACUUUAAUAGUUCAAAGAGUAUUACAGCAUAUAAGAAGAAACCAGCCAAAACACUUACAUCUGUUCUUUGCAAAUCAUUGAAGCCCUCAGAUGAAAUGAUUGAGACGACCAAUGACUUGGGGAAGACAGAGCUUUUCUGCUCUAUUAAUUGUUUCUCUGCUUACAGUAAAGCUAAGAUGGACUCUUCUACAGUAAAUGUUUCCAUGGUACAUGAUGCUUCAACGGAUCUCCUUUCUCCAAAGAAAGAUACAACUCCAGUUAUAAGCAAUAUAGUGUCAUUGGCAGAUACUCAUGAUGCCCUACCCAUCAUGAACUCUGAUGUAUUACAAGGUACAGUUUCUUCAGUAACAGCUAAUGUCGUUGAGGAUAUUUCACCCAGUGAAUCAAGUAAUAGUGUUGCUAAUAGUAAUGUGGAACAGCCAAGCCUUUCACCAUCUUCAUCAGUACUCGGUCGGCAUACAGUUGGCUCCAGUACAGAAGUUCAGAAAGAUCAUGUGUCAAACCAAGAUGCUACAAACAGUAUGAAAUCCAUGAAAAAAAGUGAUGGACUGUGUCACCCAAAAUUUACAUCUAAAGUACAAAAAGUUAAGGGUAAAUCACGGAGUAUUAAAAAAUCUUGGUGUUCAAAUUUUCAGCGAUUAGAAAACAGUAUUAAAAAGGAUGUGGUAUUCUGUUAUUCAUGCCAGUUUUUCUGCCAAAAAAAAUUUAGCUGUGGAGGAGAGUCAUUUGCAGCCCAAGGAAUUUCCAAUUGGAAAAAAACUCUGGAAAAAUUCAGAAAGCAUGAAAAAAGUGAAAUGCAUUUGAAGUCAUUGCAGUUUUGGAGGGAAUACCAGUUUUGUGGUGAAGCCGUUAAUGACAGUUUAUCUAAUCAUUCAAAACAGAUUGAGGGAAAUAAAAAGUACCUAAAGCUUAUAAUUGAAAAUAUUUUAUUUCUUGGAAAGCAAUGUUUACUCCUAGGAGGAAAUGACCAGUCUGUUUCAUCUGUGAAUAAAGGCAAUUUUUUAGAAUUGUUAGAAAUCCGAGCAAAAGAUAAAGGAGAAGAAAUAUUUCGACUUAUGAAUUCACAAGUUGACUUCUAUAAUAGUACACAAAUUCAAAAUGAUAUUAUUGAAAUAAUAAAGACUGAGAUGUUGCAAGAUAUUGUAAAUGAGAUCAAUGUUUCCUCAGCUUUUUCAAUAAUAUGUGAUGAGACAACUGAUAGUGCCACUAAAGGACAAUUCUCAAUUUGUGUAAGAUACCCACAGAAAACAUCAAAGGCUAUAUUAAUUAAAGAAAGAUUUUUGGGUUUCAUAGAUGCUGAAGAGAUCACUGGGACCAACUUACACAGGAGUAUCAAAACUUACCUGCAACAAGUUGGAGUUGAUUUGAAUAAAAUACGAGGCCAGGCCUAUGAUAGCACCAGUAAUUGGAGGGAAAAAUUUAAUAAAAUUGCAGCAGAAUUCAAGAAGGAAGAGCCAAGAGCUUUAUACCUGCAUUGUUACACACAUUUUUUGGAUUUAGCAGUGAUUAGGUUUUGUAAAGAAGUAAAAGAGCUCCGAAGUGCUCUAAAUACUCUGAGUUCUUUGUUCAACACUAUUCAUGGGGAGAUGUCUGUAAAUUUCCAAAACAUUUAUAAGCUAAGUCAAAACAAAACAUGCAAGAAACAUACAUCACAAUCAUGUUGGACAGUCCAUGAUCGUACGUUACUGUCUGUAAUUGAGAGCCUUCCAGAGGUUAUUGAAACACUGGAAGUUGUAUCAAGCCAUUCUUCAAACACAGGUUUAGCUGAUGAAUUGAGUGAUUUGUUGGCAUUGGUUUCCAAAUUUGAAUUUAUCUUUUGUUUGAAAUUUCUUUAUCGAGUACUAAGCGUUACAGGAAUUCUUUCCAAAGAGCUUCAAAGUGAAACCAUAGACAUUUUUUCUUUGUCUUCAAAAAUAGAAGCAAUUUUGGAAUGUUUAUCAUCUGAAAGAAAUGAUAUUUAUUUCAAAACUAUCUGGGAUGGAGCAGAGGAAAUAUGUCAAAAAAUAACCUGUAAAGGUUUUGAAGUUGAAAGACCUUCAUUUCAGAAAAGAAGAAAAAUUCAGAAAGCAAUAGACCCUAGCAGUUCAGACAGUAUUUUUUUUCCAACCUCCACAGAAGAACAAUAUAAAAUUAAUAUUUAUUACCAAGGCUUGGAUACUAUAUUACAAAAUUUAAAAUUGUGUUUUUCAGAGUUUGAUUAUUGUAAAAUGAAGCAAAUUUCAGAACUGUUACUUAAAUGGAAUGAACCGUUAAAUGAAGCAACAGCCAAAGAUGUCCAAGAAUUUUAUAAACUUGAUGCAGACAUCAUUCCAGAACUUAGAUUUUAUCGGCAAUAUGCAAAGCUUAACUUUGUCCUAGAUUAUGAUUGUGUCAACUUUAGCAAUCUUGGCCACUUGUUUAUUCAGCAUGGUCUUCACAAUAAUAUUCCUUGCAUAUCAAAGCUGUUAUAUAUUGCUUUGUCUUGGCCAGUUACUUCAAGUGUGGAAAACUCAUUUUCUACACUGUCUCGUCUUAAAACAUAUUUAUGUCAUACCAGGGGACAAGAAAAGCUUAGUGGCUUAGCCCUAAUGGCUGUUGAGCAGGAAUUGGUAGAUAAAUUGAUGGAACCUGAAAGACUCAGUGGAAUUGUGGAAAAGUUUAUCUUUCGGGUGAAAGAAAUAUAAUACUUGCUAAUUUGAAUUUACCUGAAAGAAUUUUGUAUUUCUGUUGGACAUCAGUUUUUAUUUCAAAUUUUUGUCUUUAAGAAAAAAAUUUUUUUUCAUCGGAACAUGUAACAUUCACUUGGUUCAAAAUUCAUGACACAGAAUGAUACACAGUGAAAAGUCUCCUUCCCUUUUUUAUUAGCCAGUUCCACCUCUCAGAAGUAUUAUUUGUUUUUUAAAUAUCCUUCUGGAGAUACUUAAUCAUAAAUGUACUGUGCAAUGCACAGUGUUCUUCAGCUUGCCUUUUUCACUUAACAUAUUUUUGAGAUUGUCCCAUGUCAGUACAUAGAGUUUCUUGAUUCCUUUUUUUAAUAACUGCAUAAGAUUUAAUUGUAUGGAUGUACCAUAAUAUAUUGGAGCAGUCCCUACGGACAAACAUUUUCUUUCUAAUCUCUUACUAUUGCAAAUAAUGCUGCAUUUAAAAACCUUGUACAUAGGUCAUGUUGCACAUUAGUGAGUUGCUGUAAGAUAAAAUUUAAAACUGGAGUUAUUAGAUUUGCACAUUUUUAUUUUUCAUAGAUAUUGGUAAAUUGCUUUCUAUAAGGAUUGUAUCAUUUUAUAGUUCCACCAGCAAUGUCUGAGAGUGCCUAUUUCCUCGAAUCUUUAUAAAGUAUUAAACAUUUUGAUCUUUGUCAAUGUGUUAGUUGAAUAAUGAUAUGUUAAUCUCUGUGGAGAUUGAAUCUCAACGAAAUUUUUUAUUUUCACUUAAGAAUAGGGUUGGGUAUGUGCUUGAGCCGUUUGUAUUUCCCUUUCUGUGAAAUCUCACUUUUAAACAUUAAAACUCUUAAUAUUGCUGUGGUUUUGGUUGACAUAAUAGCUGGAUGACAUAAUAGGAAUUUCGAAUCUACUUUAUGAAAAUAUGACUUUUUCAAAUAAUUCUGAACUCUUUUUUUUUUUGUCUUUAUACUUUAGAAAAGUCCUUCUUCUGAAGUGAUGUUUGCCUUCAUGUGUCUUUCUCAUUUUUAUUAUUUUCUAUUUGCAUUUGUAGUUUCUAUCUUAUUGUGGAAGCAAGAGUUAAUUUCAAGACGUUGGGUGGUUUUUUUCUCUUUUUUUUUUUUUACUUUUUUAAUAGUCUGCUUUAUAAAGCAGGUAAUAUAAGACCUAGACCUGAAAAAGAAAAAACAGAACUAUAGUAAUUAAAACAGCUUUCUUGGGAAUUCCCUGGUGGUCCAGUGGUUAGCACUCCAUGCUUCCACUGCUAGGGGCCCAGGUUCAAACUCUGGUCAGGGAACUAAGAUCCUGCAAGCGUGGAAAAACAACACAACAACAACAAAAACAGUUUUCUUUGUUGAAUGCCUGCUAUGUAACCUAGUACUUUCUUCAGUGCUUUGUGUUAUUUCACUUCUCACAACCUGUUAAUUUUAUGGAAGACGCAGUGGUUAAAGAUCACAUAAUCAGUGAACAGUGAAUUUAGGAUUUGUACCCAGUCAGUGUGACUCCAAAGCCUAUGCUCUACUACCUUUUUUUUUUUUUUUCUUUUUUUGCUGUGCACAGGCUUUCUUUAGUUGGGGUGAGUGGGGGCUACUCUUCGCUGUGGUGCACGGGCUGCUCAUUGCCGUGGCUUCUUUUGUUGCAGAGCACGGGCUCUAGGCGCGUGGGCUUUAGUAGUUGCAGCACAUGGGCUCAAUAGUUGUGGCGCACGGGCUUAGUUGUUCCGCGGCAUGUGGGAUCUUCCUGGAGCAGGGAUGGAACCCAUGUCCCCCGCAUUGGCAGGCGGAUUCUUAACCACUGCGCCACCUAGGAAGCCCUCUACUACCUUUUAUAUAAACUAUUAUCACAGGUAUUCCUAAAUAAAAAUUUAACUACCAGAAGUAUGUUGAAGAAUAGAAGAUGACAGAAAUAGUGUAUUUUUUUAAUCUCCCAAAUAUCCCUUCAUGGCAUCUAUAGCAAGUCUUGGUGACAAGGUAUCCUCACAAUCCCAAAAUGAGAUUAGAUAGUGACAAACUCGAAAGCAACUAUAAAACCUGAGUAGUGGCAGCUAUCUGUAUGGAAGGUCAUGGGUGAAAGUGAAUGGGACGUCUGAUGGCCUUGAGAUCUCCCAAAUCAACAGGUUUCCACUGGAGAGCAUGGCAGGCCAAUUUAAAAACGGCAGCCAAAAAGUGAAGGCUCUUGCAGAUGCCAAUUUGCAGGUAAGUUUAAGAGGACUGCUAAAUUCCAAAUUUGUUUAGUAGUCUAGGUCCUUAUGAACUCUUGAAACUAACAAAUGUAAGCUUCAUUCCAAAACAACCCUUUCAAGGAGAAACUGCUGGCUGUAGACACCAGACUCUGCAGGACAGGGACAAUAGGGGCAAAGGGAAAGAAUGUACAGAGUAAAGUGAGAGAGAGAAGCAAAGGAACAGAUCUCAGAAAUAGGUCAUUUAUUUUAGUCACUUUAUGAAAAUAGUAUUUCAUGAAGCUUGAAGAUGGAUAAGUUGUUAGUCCCUUCUCAAAAGUACAGGUAAAUGUGUUUCACUUAAAACAGGAACAGAAAAGAAUUGUGAAAUACCAUACAAAUUUAUAAGAAUACAGAACAAAUUCUUACAAAACAAAAACCUGUUUCAAACCAAGCUAAAAGAAAUUAAAUGAUUAAAGCUAUAAAAACAGUAUAAACCAGAAUUAGAAAAACUUAGAUGAGUGGAUAAAAGAAAGUUUUAAAAAGAUAAAUGACAAGAAUUCAGGGAAGCAUUAGAAAUUAAAAGAAAUAAAAGUCACUGUAAAAGUGAAAAAUAAUCUAGGAGGAACUCAAAAGUGAAUAAACAUAAUUGAUAAUCUCUAAAAGAAAUAGAAAUGGAAAGAAGGAAAAUGUUUUAAAUCCAGAGAAGGGUGGUACAACAUACUGAAAGCCUGAUAUCCAUAUAAAUGGAAUAUGCAAAGAAUUCCAAAGCAGUGGAAAAGAGCAAAUACUAAAAACUAUAUGCUGGUUAUUAUGCUAUUGUCUGUGCACCCACCCUUCUAUACUUGGGCUUUGUGAUGAUGAAGCUGGAAUGCUGCACAUUUCUGCUCUAGCUGAAUUUAUGUUAGCCUCUGCCAAUAGGGGUCACUAGAGGGAGACUGCAGGUCUGAAGGGAAAAGGAUUUGUUCCGUCCUAUCUAUUUUUCUGUGAGCUUUAUGUCUGCUUGUGGAUCUUGUGAGCAUUAUUCAGCAAUGCUGUUUCAUCCAGUACUUCUUUCCCUAGCAGCAGCUAAAUCUGGUUGUAGUUCUUGUAACAGUUGCAGAAGCACUGUCCUCAUGCCUCCAUGACAUCUUAAUGUUCUCUUUUUAUCCUUUCAGUAACUUAGUUAACUAGUUAGCUAAUAUGUUUUUGUUUUUUCUUUUGUACUGUUUAUUUUUUGGCUGGGUCAGGUCUUAGUUGCAGCACGUGGGAUCUUUCAUUGUGGCACACGGGGUCUUUGUUUCCGUGCACAGGCUUCUCUGGUUGUGGCAUGCAGGCUCAGGCGGCGGGCAGGCUUAGUUGCCCUACAGCAUGUGGGAUCUUAGUUCCCCAACCAAGGGAUCAAACCGGCAUCCCCUACAUUGAAAGACAGAUUCUUAACCACUGGACCACCAGGGAAGUCCUCUAUACUUAGUUAAUACAUUUAGAUAUUCCCUCUGUUCAGAUAACUAGUAUAGUUUCUGUUUCCUGACUGAACCCUAGCUGAUACACUGAAUUCAAGAGAACUUACUUGAAGUUAGAAAGACUUUAUGUACUGAAAAGACACACAGUGCACCUGGGAACAUUGAUCCAGAAUGGUCAGUACUGUCAUGGCCUAAAAAAAGAAUGAAAAGAUUUUAAAAGGGUUUUUUGAAGGAAAAAGUCCCUUCAGAGUCCAGGCCAAAAAAAAAGAAAAAAGGUACAUACAGGAAAGAUAAAUUUGAUUAUUUUCACACUUUUCCUUAAUGACACUCUAUGCCAAAAGACUGAAGUAAUAUGAACUUACUCAUGAUUUGCUAUCCAACCAAAUGGACUUUCAAGCAUAAAAGUCAUAGGCUAUCAAUAUGCAAAUUCAUGGAACAUUGUUUCCAUGACCCCUACCUGAGGAAUCUAUUAGAAUAAGGUUCAGAUAACCAGAUUGAUUGGAGAGGCAUUAACGUAAAGGGUGAUAAAGUUUUGCAAGUAUUAAGUGAUGAAUAAAAUUAGAAUAUUACCUUGUUUAAUUAAUGCAUCUAGGCAAUGAUCAUCAAUGGCUGCUAACAUCACUAAUACAGCCAGACACUGUGUACUUCCUAAUCAAUUUCAGCACUAGCUGAGAUAUGCAUCCUUCUCGGAGGUUUGAAUUACAGUUCCAUAGGACUCUUCUUCCAGGCUUCUAAGUGUUAAUGAUUCCAACUUCUCUUUUUUUCUCCCCCAGUCUUAGCAGCUGCCUACAGUUGCUGCUGCUGUAAUACCUCAGUGCUCUUUAGCCUUUCUAGUUCUAUAGUUCAAAUAACUUAUGUGCUUCCAGUCUCUUGACUGAACUUUGACUGAUAUAGCAUUACCUAUGAAGUAAUCUUGCCAAAUAAUUUGAUCUUGACUCUUAUCAAGACCCUAGAUUUAGCUGCUUGUUUCCUGGAAAUACAGGGGGUCUGAGGAACAUAUUAAAGAACAUCAGUGGGAUUAACCAGCAAAAUCCAAAUCCUAGGAGACUGCACAAGGUAAACAACACUUUAAUAAAAACUUACAAUGAAAAAAUAAGAUGGCAGAGGAUCCUGUAGAUUGAAGGAGAAAUUGGAGUCAUGUCAACAAAUUGCAGUGUGUAAACCAUGUUUAGGUCUUCAAGCAACAGAACAAUGGAUAUUUAUAAUGAUGUUGUGGUUAUGUGUUUUUUAAAAAGUCACUUAAAGAAAAAUACUUCAGAUAUUAGUGGAUGAAGUUAACAUGAAAUCUUGGGCUUCAAAAUAAUAACGGGGGUGCUCGCUUCGGCAGCACAUAUUCUAAAAUUGGAACGAUACAGAGAAGAUUAGCAUGGCCCCUGCGCAAGGAUGACACGCAAAUUUGUGAAGCAUUCCAUAUUUUUUGAUGCCUUAGAGGACUGGGACGGGGAGGGUGGGGGGGAGUCGAGGGAGGGAGGGAAUACGGGAAUAUGUGUAUAAAUACAGAUGAUUGAACUUGGUGUACCUCAAAAAAAUAAAUAAAAUAAUAACGGGGGAGGGGGAGUAUGUGAGGGUCAAGAUGAAACAAGAUUGGCCGUUAUUUCAUAGUCAUUGAAUCUAGGUGGUGAGUACAUAGGGAUUCAUUACUCAGCUUUUACACAUGAAGUUUUCUAUUAAAAAAAUAUUUUAAAUGAUACCCAGUGGAGUUCAUGUCAGUAAUGUAAAGGUGAUUCAAUGUUAGGAAAUUUAUUUGUGAAAUGCAACAAAAUAAUAUAUCACAUUAAGAAAAUGAUAUCAAUACAUACCAUAAAAUCAUUGAUAAAGCUUUAACUUUUGUGCCUGAUUUUUAAAACCUUGGAAAAAUUAGAAUAAAAGGUUUUUUCUGUUAACAAUAAAAUGUUGGUAAUAUAUUUAUUAAUGUGUAUGUAUAGACCUAGCCAAUAGUAUGUAUAACAUCAUGCUUAAAGGUGAAAUAUUAGGACUACCACAAAAAUAUCAGAAAUGCUGUAGAUACUAUCAACUAUCUUACAUAACAUUUUUAAAUUAAGCUAUUUUUUAUAUAAUUGUAGAUUUACAUGAAGUAGCAAGAAAUAAUACAGAAAGAUCUCACAUAUGGUUCACCCCGUUUCCCCCUAUGGUAACAUCUUGCAUAACUAUAAAACAGUAUCACAAGAAGUUAAACAUUGAUAUAAUCCAGUGAUCUUAUUUAGAUUCACCAGUUUUACAUGUACUCCUGUGUUUGUAUUUACUUUUUUAUUUUUAAGAACUUUUAUUGAGAUACAGUUAACAGACAAUAAACAGCAUAUAUUUAGAGUGUACAAUUUGGUACCCCAAUCUCCCAAUUCAUUCCCCCCCCCAACCCUCCCCGCUUUCCCCACUUGGUGUCCAUAUGUUUGUUCUCUACAUCUGUGUCUCUAUUUCUGCCUUGCAAACCAGUUGAUUUGUACCAUUUUUCCAUAGUCCACAUAUAUGUUAAUAUACGAUAUUCAUUUUUCUCUUUCUGACUCACUUCACUCUGUAUGAAAGUCUCUAGGUCCAUCCAUGUCUCUACAAAUGUCCCAGUUUGUCUAAUAACCUUGGGUUUUGUUUGCUCUUCUUUCUCUAAUCUCUUUAGGUGUAAGGUUAGAUUAUUUGGCUUUUUUCUUGUUUCUUGAGGUAGGAUUGUAUUGCUAUAAACUUCCCUCUUAGAACUUUGCUGCAUCUCAUAGGUUUUGGAUCAUUGUGUUUUCAUUGUCAUUUGUCUCUAGGUAUUUUUUGAUUUCCUCUUUGAUUUUUUUCAGUGAUCUCUUGGUUAUUUAGUAAUGUAUUGUUUAGACUCCAUGUGUUUGUGUUUUUUACAGUUUUUUUCCUGUCAUUGAUUUCUAAUCUCAUAGCGCUGUGGUCAGAAAAGAUGCUUGAUACGAUUUCAAUUUUCUUGAAUUUACCAGGGCUUGAUUUAUGACCCAAAAUGUGAUCUAUCCUGGAGAAUGUUCCAUGUGCACUUGAGAAGAACAUGUAAUCUGCUGUUUUUGGAUGUAAUG